GCCAUCGGUAGCGCCGGCAGGGAGGCCGCAAGCCCCGACACACCGAGAGCGGAAGACGGGUGACAGCAGAUACAGCACUGGGGCUACUGCGCCUGCGCUAGCAACGGGCGCCUGCGCCAGGAUUGCGCGUCAGCUACGGCGGCGUAGUGCGCGUGCGCUUAGCGCGACAUGUUUGAUUGGCGUAAUAUUCCUGCGUCAGAAGCGGUACUGCGCAAGCGCUGAUUGAGGGGGCGGUAAAGUUGAGUGUGGGAGGCUAUCGGCGCACGCGCAAGAGGAAAAUAGUAGAAUACGCAUGUGCUGAGAAGUGGGCAACAGGAGGGUGCCCAGCGGUAUUGCGCAUGCGCCAGAAUCCGAGCGAACCGUUGCCGGUUGGGAGCCCGAAGCUUGCCCAGUGCGCUUCCCGCCCGCGCUCCGUCGGGGCAGCGCGGCAGGGCUGCUCAGGGGGCCGCUCCCCGAUGGACGGAGACUUCCUGCUGGCGCUGCGCUUGCAGGCGCAGUGGGAGGAAGAGGAUGAAGCGGCGGCAGCGGCCUGUAGCGAGUCCCCGCCCGGCUCCGCGGCGCCGCCGCGGCCGCUCUCCGUGGUGGACGAGGCCUGGGAGCUGCUGGACCCGAGCCCCGACGUACGCGGCCUCUUCGUGCAGUUCAACGAGACGCUGUUCUGGGGGAAGCUGGCGGCCGUGGCGGUGACGUGGAGCCCGCGCAUGACGCUAUGUGCUGGAGUGUGCAGCUAUGAAGGAAGAGGUGGGAUGUGUUCCAUCCGCCUUAGUGAGCCACUCUUAAAGCUAAGACCCAGAAAGGAUCUUGUAGAGACACUCUUACAUGAAAUGAUUCAUGCCCUGUUAUUUGUCACUAACAAUGACAAAGACCGUGAAUCCCAUGGGCCAGAGUUUUGCAAACACAUGCGUCGUAUCAAUCGCCUGACUGGAGCCAAUGUUACAAUUUAUCACGAUUUUCAUGAUGAGGUGGAUUCAUAUCGCCAACACUGGUGGCGAUGUAAUGGCCCGUGUCAGAGUAGAAAACCUUAUUAUGGAUAUGUGAAACGUGCAAUGAAUAGGGCACCCUCUGCGCGAGACUUCUGGUGGUCUGACCACCAACAGACCUGUGGAGGCACAUUCUCAAAAGUAAAAGAGCCAGAGAACUAUUCUAAAAAAGACAAGGAGAAAACCCAGCUAGCCAAGCUUUCAAACUCUGAACCAUCUGAUACCAAAGGAAGGAUACAUGGAGGUGAUAUACGAAGCCUAAUUCCUUUUAGUGGAAAAGGAUAUCAGCUUGGAGGAGCAGGCCUUUGGUCCUCCGAGAGACACAAAAGUUCCAACAACAGUAUUAAGGGCAGAGAAAUACCCAGUCCACAACGUUAUUCAGCAGCUGGAACUGCAAGAUCAGUUCCUAAAAAUGAACUAAAAUUUGAAUCAAACAUAUUCAGUACCAGCAUUUCCCAUCCAGUUUUUACUGAUAGCACCAAACAUAAAAACAGCUUUGCUUUGAACCACAAGUUUCCUAAAAUAUCUGUCGCUAAUACAAAAGCUUACAGGAAUGUUGAUGGGUCGCCUGUUAAAAUUCCUCCUGUUAAUGGAGGAAAUCUGAACCAAAGUCCUACAAACGCUAAGUCGGUUUUUCCAUCUUUUAAUGAGACACCAAAACAAACUUCCUUUGGACAAGCUGAGACAACUCUAAGAUCCUGGGUUUCAUCCCAGGGAAAAAGCAGCUUUGAAAAUGGUGGUAUACCACAGAAACGGACGAAAAUGGAAGACAAAUCUGCCUUUGUAAACUACUUUAUAAAGAGAGAGAGUACUGAUGGCACUUUUAGAACUAGCACUCCUCUAAAAAACAAUGCUGAACCAACAGUGCCCUCUGAAAGUUGUAGUUCUGCUGUUAGUCAGGAUAAAAAGGUUAGUUGUCCUGUUUGCCAGACCGAGGUUUUGGAAACCAAAAUAAAUGAACAUCUAGACUCUUGUCUGACAUAAGCUUAGAAAUGCAAUCUCACAAUUAAGUGCUAAGAGUUGUUUGAAAUCUUCAAAUUACAUUGCUCAGGGUUUAUCCAAUUAUGAUUGUUGUCAUGUGCCUGUACACUGGCCUGUAGUGUCCAAGCUGGAAACUUUCCUAUAUGUGUAAAGUGGAGUCUGAAUUUCAGCAUGAAGAGAGGGCAAUUCUGAUUUUUUUGGAGUUGCAUGUUAGGAUCUGAUUUAUAUACUCUCACGGUGCUUGUGUCCCAAAGAGCCUAAGGCUAUAUGUGCACUACCAAGCAUACAUCAGCAAAUAUAUAUGCCAGCACAGGUGAGAGAAGGAGGAAUUCUGUUGGUGCGGGAACAGCGCCUCCCUGAAUGAUUUUAGCUGUGCCAACAGAAGCCCUCUUUUGUCCGUAUAGCUGUGGUCUAUGUUGGUGGUAUAGUUGGAAUAAGCGUGUUGCUAUGAGAGAUGGUUUUUCAACACCCCGACCCACAUAGCUAUGUCGGUAUAAAUUUUGAAGUGUAGACCAGGCCAAAUACACUCCUGAUUUUAGUAAAUGCAAUUGUGGUUGGGUUACGUUUUUACUGCAGAACCUAAGUAUGUCUCCUCCUAUGGUAAUGCUUACUAGAUUCUGAAAUCUUAGAUGAGUUCUAAAAGCAACUUAACAUUUUUAACCAUGUUUUGUCUUUUUGUACUUCUCCUUGGUCCCCAAAAUGUUCUUUAACUUACCCCUGGCCACCUUUAAAUGUAACUUCUAAACUGUCCC